AUGGGUCGCAACCUCUUUGACUUUAACAUCGCCAAUAGCAGCAACUUGUUUCUUAGUGGAAAAGUCGCUACCGACGACCAAGUUGGGUCUGUGAACGCGUCGUUCUCAUCCACCGCCAGCUCCUCGACCGAGUCGCUCGCGAAUCAAACAUCAGCCACUUUUGCCACACAGGCGAUAGAUAUGGACGCGCUAAACCACAGCUUGGCGAUGCAACAUAGUCGCACAGCCGAACAUAGCAGCCGCGGUAACCGCAAGCCCAUGACCUUUACCACCACCAGCUCCAUCACGGGCACUAAUACCACGACAAUCGUGGCUGGUGGCCAUCAGCCUCAUGCCGCCGGUAAUGUUUCCAAUGGUAAUCCAUCUGCUGAAUGCAAGACCAGAAAGAAAUGUUCCGUAUGUGGCAAGAACUUUAACCCACUGCGGCGACGACACUACUGUCGAACGUGCACAGCUGUAGUUUGCAGUUCAUGCAGUAUCUCGAGGAGAGUUGAGAGCACGUUUGAAGGUGCGAUUACGGUGCGCAUGUGCGUGAGCUGUAAACUGAGCUCCAUUGCGUCGCAGGAUGAUUUCUACGACCGCAUCUUUUCUACGAAUGGAGGAGCUAAUCCUACCGGUACGACAGAGUCACUGCCAAGUGGCAGUGAAGAAGACUUUACGACCGAUCGACUAAGUUUUGCGUCGUACUCGUCCGGAACGGGAAACGGAUCCAAUGCGUAUAAGGACGAGUUGUCGAUGGGGACAGCUAGUUCGAACAUGGUGGACUUGCAGGGGAACACGGACAAGCGUGCAGUUAGUUCAUCAAAUCCUCCUGUCCGACGUAAAUCGAGUACGACUAGUGGCAGUGGCAAUGCAGAUGCUGCAGCUGGUUUGCAAGGACGUCACGGCUCGUUUAUUGGACCGCCGGCGGUCACGGAAAACUGCCCUUGGUGCAUGAAUGAGGCCUGUGCUCCGCUGCACGAGUACUUUGAAGUGCCUUACCCGUUCUUCUUGGAACUUGCCGACCCGUCUGCCAAGAACCAGUACAUUGCAGCCAAGCACCUUGACGAUGAGAAAGAACGUCUCCGGUCGGUUCGAGCAAUCUGUGGAACAUUGAAGGCUGGCACCUCGGCCUUGCAGACUAUCAUGCAGCUCUGUAACAUGGCUGCUAUUGCGACUUCCAGUCCGAUGGCUCUUGUUGGUUUACUGGAUAAACAUGUAUAUGUGCCGUGUGCUGAGUCGGGUCUCGGAUCGCUGGACAAGAUUGACCGCCAGAAAUGUUUGGCAGCUCACGCGUGCCGAAAUGGGUCGCCUUUGGUUUGUAGCGAUUUGACUCGUGAUGUGCGCUUCGCUGCUAAUCCAUGGCGGCGAGAUAUGCUUCAAGCGCAGUUUUACGCGGGUAUACCACUUACGCUGUCAAAUGGCCACACGAUUGGAGCCAUUGAAGUGUUUGAUGUAAUUCCGCGGUUUGCUUGCAUGGAUGUUAUUUCACAGAUGCAGACGGUUGUUCGUGGCCUUUUGCGCAAGUUUGAGGAAAUCUUGGCUAAGAACCCCAUAUCACGAGAAGAGGGCGCCGAUGCGCCGCUGAAGUCGUCGUCUUCGUCAGGACGGCGAGCACCGAAGAAUGAAAGCGAUGAGGGCAAAAAACGUACACCGCGAGCUCCGGCGCCUAGUGUACCAGUAAUGCCGACAAUUCCGCCGCCGAAAAAGUCUUCGAAGCCGCAAUCACGGGUCGCUGCUGGGUCAUCGUUAGGAUCUACACCUCAACCGCCGAAACCCACUGCAACGAAGGAAGCACCCCUAGCAGCUUCGGCAGCACCAGUACAGGCAGUAGCGCCCGCAGGAGGUGGUGAGCCUAGUCAGGAAGAUAUGGAGAUGCAGCUCAUGCAGUUGCUGUCUCAAACUACUUGCACACAGGAGCAACUGCGGAACCAGCAGGGUCAGAUGGUUAGCGCUAUCAGCAGCCACUCGAAGCAGAUUAACGAUUUGGCUAAACAGCUUGAGCGCAUGGAAUCAACUCUUGCUGCGAAGCUUAGUGGGGACGCAGACGAUGACGAGGACUCACUUUCGAAUGAGGACGUCGACGCAGCAAAUGCGUAG